UCUCUUUGCGCCAGUAGGUGGCAGUGAUGCAACAUCGAAGACAGAGGCGGAACUAUCAGUAAAAGUGUAUUGUGCUGCGUAGAGGACAUGCUAUUUGGUAAAGACGGAAAAUCACUUUGGGAUAUAUUUAUUGCACGGAGAUUUCUGUUAAACCUAAAGUUACACCACCCGUGUUACUUACAUCGCUGCUGAUUAAACGGAGGAAAACCGCUUGUUACCGUGCCUGCGCUCGCCUGAAACUUUAGUGACACCCCUUCAUUUAGCCUAGCCUAGCUAGCGCUAACGUUAUAUUAGUAUUCAGUCGCAAUUUAGCUCUUAACGUUAAGACAUUUAAAAAGCCUUGGGGCCAGGAUGCAAGAGGAGUAUUUAUGAGGAACGACCCGUGCGAUGUCUCUGGUUUUCACACGACCCAACACAAACGCAGUCCACAGCAAGAAAGAUAAAAGACUGAUGGCGGAAGUGAAUGCAUCACCACUCAAGCACUUUGUCACAGCAAAGAAGAAAAUCAAUGGGAUCUUUGAACAACUGGGAGCCUACAUCAAGGAGAGUGCUUCCUUUCUGGAAGAUACAUACAAAAAUGAAGAGCUGGACCCAGUCACCACAGAGGAGCAGGUUCAGGACGUCCGAAGUUACCUUGCCAAUUUGGCAGGUAUUGGGGAAGUGCUUGCCCGCAGGCACAUGAAAGUGGUAUUCUUUGGAAGGACCAGUAAUGGGAAGAGCUCAGUGAUCAAUGCAAUGCUAUGUGACAAAGUGCUGCCAUCUGGAAUAGGACACACCACCAACUGCUUUUUGAGGGUGGAGGGCACAGAUGGCAAUGAGGCCUUCAUCCUCACUGAGGGCUCUGAGGAGAGGAAGAGCAUUAAGACAGUGAAUCACCUGGCCCACGCUCUCCACCAGGAUGAAGAUCUGGAUGCUGGCAGCUUGGUCUGUGUUAUGUGGCCUAAAGCCAAGUGUGCUUUGCUCAGAGAUGAUCUGGUGUUGGUGGACAGCCCAGGUAUUGAUGUUACCACAGAACUGGACAGCUGGAUUGACAAGUUUUGUCUGGAUGCUGAUGUGUUUGUUCUGGUGGCAAACUCUGAGUCCACACUGAUGCAGACGGAGAAGUCCUUCUUCCACAAGGUCAAUGAGCGGCUCUCCAGUCCAAACAUUUUCAUCCUUAAUAACCGCUGGGAUGCGUCAGCCUCAGAACCUGAAUACAUGGAAGAGGUUCGCAGGCAACAUAUGGACCGGUGCACAAAUUUUCUUGUGGAUGAACUCGGUGUGGUGGACCGAGCUCAGGCCAGUGACCGCAUCUUCUUCGUUUCUGCCAAGGAAGCACUUCAGGCUCGUGUGCAGAAGGCUCAAGGGAUGCCUGAAGCAGGUGGAGCUCUUGCAGAAGGAUUUCAAGCCAGAAUGUUUGAGUUCCAGAACUUUGAGAGGCGGUUUGAGGAGUGUAUCUCGCAGUCAGCAGUGAAGACCAAGUUUGAGCAGCACACAGUGAGAGCCAAGCAGAUCUCUGAAGCUCUUCGCCGUAUUAUGGAUUCUGUAUACAUCGCUGCACAAGAGCAAAGGGUCUACUGUCUUGAGACCAAAAGGGACCGUCAGGAUCGACUGGAGUUUAUAGACACCCAGUUGGACCUUUUGACUAUGGACUGUAAAGCCAAAAUCAAGAAAAUUACAGAGGAGGUGGAGAAACAGGUGUCUAAUAUCAUGGCUGAAGAGAUCAGAAAGCUCCAUGUCUUGGUUGAUGACUUCCACAUGGAUUUCCACCCAUCACCAGUAGUGCUUAAGGUCUACAAGAAUGAACUUCAUCGGCACAUAGAAGAGGGUCUGGGCAAAAAUAUGUCAGAGAGAUGUUCAACCUCUAUCACCAGUGCCCUGCAGUCCACACAGACCGACAUGAUCGAGGGUCUGAAGCCUCUGCUGCCCAGCUCAGUCAGGGAGCAAGUGGACAAGCUGGUUCCUCGUCAGUGCUUCAGCCUUAGUUAUGACCUGGCCUGUGACAAGCUGUGCAGUGACUUUCAAGAGGACAUCAGCUUCCACUUCUCUAUGGGCUGGACAAUGCUGGUGAACCGCUUCCUGGGGCCCAAGAGCACCCGACGGGCUCUCAUGGGCUACAACGACCAGGUCCCUCGGCCCAUGGCCCUGACUCCAGUCAGCACAAGCAUGCCUCCAUUUCCGCAAGGCUCCAUGACCCAAGAGGAGCUGAUGGUCUCCAUGGUAACAGGUCUUGCUUCCCUUACCUCCCGUACUUCCAUGGGCGUCCUUGUGGUUGGUGGCGUGAUCUGGAAGGCGGUCGGCUGGCGUUUGAUCGCCCUGUCAGUUGGUCUCUAUGGGCUCCUCUAUGUCUAUGAGCGGCUCACAUGGACCACCAAGGCCAAAGAAAGAGCCUUCAAGAGACAGUUUGUUGACUACGCCAGUGAGAAGCUGCAGCUAAUCGUCAGCUACACUGGAUCCAACUGCAGCCACCAAGUCCAGCAGGAGCUGGCAGGUAUGUUUGCUCAGCUCUGCCAACAGGUAGACGUGACCCGUCAAAACCUCGAGGAUGAGAUCACUAACAUGAACAGGAAAAUCGAGUUGCUGGACAGCCUGCAGAGCAAGGCUAAGCUGCUGCGGAACAAGGCAGGCUGGCUGGACAGCGAGCUCAACAUGUUCACCCAGCAGUACCUCCACCACAGCAAGUAAACCAGACAGCACAUCCACCACACCUGCUGAAGUUUCUUCUGUGUUUUGAAGUUGAUGAGAGGAAACAGUCAACAAAAGAGGAGAAACAGAAGGGGUAGAUUGGAUGUCUUUUCAUGAGUGAGAGGAGUUAAUGAGAGGAUGUGAUAUGGAUGUGUGGACAUGAGGUUAGAAUUGUAGUCCAGUGAACAGCUGGUGACUCAUCACGCAAAAAUGAAAAGCUUAAAACCCGACAGCUGUAAAAUAUAUAAGCCACAACAUGAGAAAGGUUUAACCACAGGUUCCAGACUUAAAUAUCACCUGAAUAUGUUUUGAUGCUCAUUCCUGUCUUUUAGCACUUGCUAGUUGAGGUGUGGUGAGGUUCCCUGAAGUCUCCAGAUGGCUGAUACAUCUGACUGUAGAACAGAAGUACAGUCGUAGUUCUCCUGUCAUCCUUAUUAGUGUGGUUAAUUGACUGGUACCUGCUUAUGUUGGAACAUCCACAUUGUCUUUUUUUUUUUUAUUCCAGUCAGUGCUGCCACAUUAACUUGAAUUUGUGUAGAUUUGAUUUUGUUUAUACAUUUUGAACACUGGACAAGUGCCAUGCUGAAGUACAAACGGGGGAAAAGAGUGCAUUUUGUGUGGGCAACAGUGGAGCUCUACAGCACAGGAUAUGCUAUCUCAGGCUUUGGCUACAGACACACUACUUGGUAAUAUGAUGCAUUCAUUGUUGGUUUUGGUCUUUCUGUGAUGACAUGAGUUGAAAAGAAGAAAUAUUUACAAUAUCACAAGACUGAUUCAGCUGGACCUCAUUAUAAAUGGUUUUGUUCAGCUCAAUAUUUUGCAUAGCUAUGGAAUAUUAGAACCAAAUGCAAACUGUAAUAAUGGCCAUAUAACAUCCUAAAAUCUCAAAAUUUCUAGAGCCUUUCUGAUGAGCUGCUAUUGUUAGCUUCUUAUGCAGGAGUGGAUCAGCAUAUAUGUCAUCUGUUAAGUAAUAACUAACAAUGUCAUAUAUGUUUGAGGUUAGUGAAGAAGAUGGAACUGCAUCUUCAUUUACAGUUUGUCCACCACAGAGAGCUGACGUGUGCUUGCACAAUAAAUGUCCUGCCCAACACAUAUCCUGGUGACGGUUCCUUAAUAAUCAAAUUUAAGGGGUAAUUAUAAGAAAUUUUAAUGUGAUUAUGUAUAAAUGAUGGCUCUUGUCCUGAUAUAUGCUCAAGUUUUUUUUUGUUUUUUUUUACUCUCAUAUUGAUAUCAGUUAAAUGAGUAGUUGGACUCUGCUGUGACACCUUACAGGUACCCAUGGUCAGGUACCCUAAAACUAAACCAGGGUGUGCAACUUUAUUUUUGGAUUUUGUUAAUUAAACUCAAGAGUCCUGACUUCUCUCACUAAGAUGUCAGACCUCAGUACUUCUUUACUGGAGCCCAAAGUGUCUUCUAUACUCCCUCAAACCAAAUUUUAGAUAACCAUGUGUUAAUGGAAAUGAAAAUGUCUUGUGUAUCAUCACUACUUAGACCUUUUCUUUGUGUGUAGAAACAUUUUUGUCUUGCACUGAAUGUGUAUGUGGUUGAGCUGUGAGAUGUCUAUCUGCCCUCUCUACCUUUGUCAAUAUCGCAUAUGAUUUUACUUCAAAUGGAAGAGGUGUGACACUCAACUGCAUAUGAUGGGUAUAUAAGAGUGGCCCAAUCCACCAACAGCCCUCCCUUUUGAAAUGAAAUUGAACUGUUGCUUUCUAAAAUCUGUAUAUAAUGUAAUUCGGUUAUUUCCCUCUUAAUUGGGAACAAUACCACAGUAAUUGUGCCUGGAUUUGUCCAUUGUGUGAAAGUCUUGGUUGAUUGGGCCAUGCUCUAAGAUAAAGCGAUAGACUGUGUGUUGCUGAGUGAGAGCAAAGACCUGCACUUUACCAAUUUGCUGCUUUUUGAGAUUUUCCCCUCACUUAAUAAAGGUUGUCAACUGUAAAA